AUGGUUGAAUAUCUUGCCGAUACAGUAAAACUUAUGGUAAGCGGACAGAAGGUUGAUUAUGACGAAGAAACAACCAUAGACUUUGCUGCAUUUACAGACGAAGAAGAUAGUGAGGAAGAAGAGCAGCAUGAAGACGAAGAAAUGGACGAGGACUGGACGAACAAAGCAAUUCAUCAUAGAUUUAGAACAAUUCCAAACAGACAUUAUAUUCCUCAUUUCCGAAAAUAUCUUGAGCAUCAUGGAACUAAAAGACAAAAAGCACAAAAUCUGGACGAGCUACUUUACACAAAGUUAAUUGAUGCAUGA